UUAAGUCAUCAGAAGCCGCUCCACCUUAAAAGCUAUAGCAUCCUGGCUCCAGCUGCCCAUCCCUUUGCUCGCUGCUGAUGCUGCCCGAUGCCUGCAGCAGGAAGGAGGGAGAUACAGGCACUGCAAGCAGCAUCCCAAGGUAACACAGGCACGGAGGACGCACCAGCCCAGCUGAGAGAGCCCCAUUGCUCUGCUGCUGUGGGGUGACAAUCUAGGGAACUCCCUCUCCCGUUUUUUUGCCGUCUGCUAAAGCCUGCUUGCACGCCGCCUUUACCUUUCUCUGCCUCUCGACUCCCCUUGGGAAUUGCUUCUCUCCUCCACCUCUUCGACACAAAAGCUGCCAGGACGAACAGGGAGCCCCACUGUCCAGCCAGCAUGACGACAGAAGUCAAUGAAUGUAGCAUCAAAGUGCUCUGUAGGUUCCGGCCCUUGAACCAGUCGGAGAUCAUACGGGGAGAUAAAUUCAUCCCAGUUUUCCAGGGGGAUGACACCGUCAUCAUUGGGGGCAAGCCUUAUGUCUUCGAUCGUGUCUUCCCACCCAACACUACCCAGGAUCAGGUGUACCAUGCCUGUGCCAUGCAGAUUGUCAAAGAUGUGCUGGCUGGGUACAAUGGCACAAUCUUUGCUUAUGGGCAGACAUCCUCGGGAAAGACUCACACCAUGGAGGGUAAGCUACAUGACCCCCAGCUCAUGGGUAUAAUCCCUCGCAUUGCCCAGGACAUCUUCAACCACAUCUACUCUAUGGAUGAGAACCUGGAAUUCCACAUUAAGGUUUCCUACUUUGAAAUCUACUUGGACAAAAUCCGUGAUCUGUUAGAUGUGACCAAGACCAAUCUUUCCGUUCACGAGGACAAGAACCGGGUGCCAUUUGUGAAGGGCUGCACUGAGCGCUUUGUUUCAAGCCCUGAAGAAAUCCUGGAUGUCAUUGACGAGGGGAAAUCUAACCGCCAUGUGGCUGUUACCAACAUGAAUGAACACAGUUCCCGCAGCCACAGCAUCUUCCUCAUCAACAUCAAGCAGGAGAACAUGGAGACUGAACAGAAACUGAGUGGGAAGCUUUACCUGGUGGAUCUGGCUGGCAGUGAGAAGGUCAGCAAGACUGGAGCUGAGGGAGCUGUCCUGGAUGAGGCCAAGAAUAUCAACAAGUCCCUGUCGGCGCUUGGCAAUGUCAUCUCUGCUCUGGCUGAGGGCACGAAGAGCUACGUGCCCUACCGGGACAGCAAAAUGACUCGCAUCCUCCAGGAUUCCCUUGGUGGAAACUGCCGCACGACCAUGUUCAUCUGCUGCUCACCUUCCAGCUACAAUGAUGCCGAGACCAAAUCUACACUCAUGUUUGGACAGAGGGCCAAGACAAUCAAGAAUACAGCAUCGGUGAAUCUGGAACUGACAGCUGAGCAGUGGAAGAAGAAGUUUGAGAAGGAGAAGGAGAAGAACAAGGUCCUAAAGGAGACAAUUGCCAAGCUGGAGGCUGAGCUAGGGCGCUGGCGCAAUGGUGAGAAUGUCCCAGAAACAGAGCAGCUGAGUGAUGAUGAGAAGGCGGUGCCUGAUACCUGCGAUGAGAUGCCAGUGAAUGAUAACAACUCCUCUAUUGUCAUCCGGAUCUCAGACGAGGAGCGGCACAAGUACGAGGAGGAAAUCCGCAAACUCUACAAGCAACUUGAUGACAAGGAUGAUGAAAUCAAUCAGCAGAGCCAACUGAUGGAGAAGCUCAAGCAGCAGAUGCUGGACCAAGAGGAGCUGCUAAUGUCAACUCGUGGGGACAAUGAAAAAGUGCAGCGUGAGCUAAGCCACUUGCAGUCGGAGAACGACUCAGCCAAGGAGGAGGUAAAGGAGGUGCUACAAGCUCUGGAAGAGCUGGCUGUCAACUACGACCAGAAAUCCCAGGAGGUAGAAGAGAAAAACCAGCAGAAUCAGCUGCUGGUGGAUGAGCUGUCCCAGAAGGUGGCCACCAUGCUGUCCUUGGAAUCAGAAUUGCAGCGGUUGCAGGAGUUCAGUGCACAUCAGCGCAAGCGCAUUGCUGAGGUCCUCAAUGGCCUCAUGAAGGACCUGAGCGAGUUCAGCGUCAUCGUGGGCAAUGGUGAGAUCAAGCUGCCAGUCGAGAUCAGUGGUGCGAUUGAGGAGGAAUUCACCGUUGCCCGGCUCUACAUCAGCAAGAUCAAAUCGGAGGUGAAGUCUGUUGUGAAGCGCUGCCGGCAACUGGAGGGGCUGCAAGUCGAGUGUCACCGCAAGAUGGAGGUGACAGGGCGAGAACUGUCUUCCUGCCAGCUCCUCAUCUCUCAGCAUGAGGCAAAGAUCCGCUCACUCACGGAGUACAUGCAGAGUGUGGAGCUGAAGAAGCGGAACCUGGAGGAAUCCUAUGAUACUCUGAGUGAAGAGCUAGCUAAACUGCAAGCCCAAGAGACUGUUCAUGAAGUGGGCAAGGAGCAGGACUUGAUCCAGGAUACAGAUGAAGUAAAGAAGGCCCUUGAAGUGCAACUGGAGAGCCACCGUGAGGCCCAUCACAAACAGCUGGCCCGACUGCGUGAUGAGAUCAACCAGAAGCAGAAGAUCAUUGAUGAGCUCAAGGACUUGAACCAGAAAUUGGAGCUUGAACUGGAGAAACUCCGUGCUGACUAUGAGAAACUCAAGAGUGAGGAACAGGAGAAAUCACAGAAGCUGCAGGAGCUGACAUUUCUGUAUGAGCGACAUGAGCAGUCCAAACAGGACCUCAAAGGGCUGGAGGAGACUGUUGCCCGUGAACUCCAGACCCUCCACAACCUUCGCAAGCUGUUCGUUCAAGACGUCACGACUCGAGUUAAGAAAAGCGCGGAGCUGGAACCCGAGGAUAGCGGGGGGGCUCAUUCCCAGAAGCAGAAGAUUUCCUUUCUUGAGAACAACCUGGAGCAGCUUACAAAAGUUCACAAACAGUUGGAUCGCUGGGUCUCCAAGCUGGUUCGCGACAAUGCAGAUUUGCGUUGUGAGCUUCCUAAACUGGAGAAACGUCUUCGGGCUACGGCUGAGAGAGUUAAGGCCCUGGAGGGUGCACUGAAGGAGGCUAAGGAGGGUGCUAUGAAAGACAAGCGUCGCUACCAGCAGGAGGUGGACCGCAUCAAGGAGGCAGUGCGCUACAAGAACAGCAUGAAGCGCAACCACUCUGCGCAGAUUGCCAAGCCGGUGCGGCCAGGGCACUACCCAGCUUCAUCCCCCACCAACGCCUAUGGUGUCCGCAACCCUGAAUGCAUCAGCUACACCAACAGCCUCUUCCAGAACUAUCAGAAUGUCUACCUGCAGAAUGCUGGCAGCACUGUGCCUGACAGCUACUUUACCAAUGCCUCUUCCAGCAGCGGAAGCAGCUCCUCCAAUGCCCCUCUGACCUCCUAUCAGAAGCUCAAUGUGGAUAACGGAAAUGCCACAGACAUCAAUGAUAACAGAAGUGACCUGCCCUGUGGGGUUGAAGCCGAUGAACAAGCCAAGCUCUUCCCGCUUCACCAGGAGACUGCAGCCAGCUAAUAGCAGCAGCAGCACCAACUUCCCUAUUGGGCCUCAACACACCAUCAGUUUCUAAAUGGGACGGAAGCCUCAACUCUGCAUGCUGCAGCCUGGCUUUCCAUGACCUCUGCUGCAAAUGGGCCCUGUUUGUGUGUCCUGCUCUCUCCAUGUCCUGUAUAUUUAUCCAGCUGCUGCUUCACUCCCACUGUUUCUCUGUUCUACUCACUUAACUAGACAAUGUUAUAUUUGCUUCUUUCAUCGGGCUGCUUGCUCCUUAGUCCAGGAGCCUGGUGCCCCUUCUUCUUUCCUGCCUCAGUUGCCUUAAGGGACUGGCUGCCACUGAAGAACCCAGACAUAGAAGCACCCUGCUGUAGGAACAAGUUUCUGCCUAAGAGAAGGACAAUAAGGCACCCCCCCUCAAAACCUAUUGAUCCUAGCUUGGCAAUGCCGGAGCCUGGUGUCAACUAGGCCUUGCCAUGCCCUAGGAGAAUUGAUACUCUCCAGGUUACUAGCUAGGUGGGCUGAAAUCACCAUUUGUAGUGUUAGCUGACUCUGCAAAAGAAGGCCUGGAGCUUCAACACCCAGCUGUUAGUCCUACUGGAUGUUCCCCAAAGGGGAUAAAACUCGGGCAAGUAUCUUUAGCUUUUUUUGGAGCCCACUAUGGUGCUUGAGCCUCAACCUUCAAGGGAUUUGAUUUCUAGUUUCCCCUGCAUAUGCCUACAGGCUGAGGGUUGUUGCGGCACUUUAGGAACGGCUAGGAAAUGGUUUUCUGCAAAACAGAGCUGCUUACUCCUUGCUUUCAAAGCUCUGCUGGCCAUCUCCUUCGGUAGGUACAAUACAAAUGCUGCCUAUUCUUUGUGAAUGAGCUGGUCCCUUGUUAAGGAGGAAGGGUGAUCAGCUGAUGUCUUACCAUUGGGAACAAAGGAGGGAGCACAUAAUGGGGACUGUACGGUGGAGGAGGAGAUGGGCAGCCCCUGCUUAAGCCUGCAACUGGGCAUGAGGAACACAAGGGCUCCAUUCCAUUCUAUAAAGGGGGAGACAAAGUUGUUUGGGGGGGGGGGGAAGAAUACAGUUUCCAGAGCAGACAGACUGGAUGUGGUUGUCAGUUCUAUAACAUGUCCCAACAGACCAGCAACACGGCACAUUCAAGUAGGCAGGCCAGGGGUCUAAUGAUUCUUCAAAGUGGGACAAAAACGAGGCUGCUAUCAACACAUUUUUGAUUGCUCCUUUUUUGUGUCUCUUGAUAGCUGGGUCAGUGGCCUUUAGUCUAUUAUUUCUAUUUAUGUCCCUAAGGGGAAACAGUGCGUCCACUGCACAUCUUCAAUUAAUGUCACCACUUUUGAGUCACGCAGAGCAGACAGGGUUGUGGGAGCAGUGGGGAGAUGGCAGCUCUUAUGGGGGACUUACAUGUCUGUUUGCUGUCAAAAUGCUUAAGGGCAAUAGCCUUGUUUUGGCUGCCUUGCUGGAGCUGCUAACACCCUGUAACUUUAUUCCUGUCUGCUCAGAUCACACCAAAUGUUGCAUGUCAGAAUAUUAAGAAGUUUAUUUAAAAAAUAAAUGAACAAAUAUGUUAAAAAA